CCAAGGAGGAUUGACCGCCAAGGAGGAUUAACCGUCUCUCGAUACAUGUAUUAUCCAAUGAUGAGGUGUGCACAUGCGUUUAUUACUAACCAGAACAUUUAACCACGCAAGUGCUAACCGACGACAAGUACGUGUAUCAUAUUUUUUAAUAAUCUGUGAAAAAGUUUGAUUGAUAAUUAUACCCAAACGAGGACUUGUAUAAACCGAUAGCAAAGUUUUGCAAUAUCUUUUCAGCGCAGAGUUCCCUUCACUCAUAUUUGAAUUUUAAAAAAAGCGUAAAAAAUUUAUGGAAGUUAUUGUUAAUCUAUGAGGAAGUGUGAUCACGUCAACCAAGACUGAAAAAAACAGGGAAUUUUGUUCUGAGGGAAAAGUUCAGGAAAGCAUGGCCCAGUCUUUAACAGACGAUCAGAGAGCCGCUCUCCAAGAUGCCUUCAACAAGUUCGAUAUUGACGGAAACGGUUCUAUAACAGCAGGGGAAUUGGGACUAGCCAUGAGGUCAAUAGGAGAAAAUCCUUCCACCAGGGAAAUCCGGGAAAUCGUGGACGCUGCUGAUCUCAACAGAAACGGCACGAUCGAGUUUGAAGAAUUCGUUGAGAUGGUUGCAGAGAGAUUAAAAGACUUUGACGCUGUAUCAGAAAUGAAAGAAGCAUUUGAGGUAUUUGAUCGAGAUGGCGAUGGGUUUCUAGAUAGAGACGACAUCAGAAAGGCGAUGUCGGGACUGGGUGUGUCUUUAACGGAACCGGAAGUGACGGAGAUGAUGGAGGUGGCGGACACGGACAAAGAUGGCCGACUUAAUUACAAAGAAUUUGUGGCGAUGCUAACCAGUGGUGACCAGUAUAAAGCAGAUAAUAUUUUACUUUCACUAAAACCAUCCCUGACGAUAUGAUAUUUACUGUAAAUAUAUAAUUAUCGAUCAGCCUGCUUCGACCAACGUGCAAUAUUACCAUCCACUAUUUAUCUGUGUUAAUAUUUCUUUGACGAAAUCUGUGGUGUUUGACAAUUAAAUUUGUUUAGAGUAAUUUAGAGAUGUGUUAUAUGUAAAGUAAAUAUUAAAAAUAUGAUAGAAAAUUGAUAGACAAUUAGAUGUUUCAAUACUUCUAUCAUUCACCAAGAAUGAACUAUUGUCAACACAAAGCCGCAUCGACUGACAAGUUAAUUAAGAACUAAUACAAAGUUGGACAAAGGGAAGUAACUCUGAUAUAACAUUCGAUGAAUUCAAUAUUUUCUGGGAAGUUCUCAAAUGUUUGCUGCAAGCAAAUACAGUCAAAUCUCGAUGAUUCGCUGUAUCGAACGUUUUGCUUGGUCCCGAACCUCUCACUAUAUAACGCUACUAACGAACCUAUUUAUGAUUCAAAUUUUUAUAAAUCGAAGUUUUUGAU